GCUCUGCUGUCCCACCCCUGACGCCGGAGUUCAGAGGAGGAGGCUGGACUGAGGAAGAUCUUUGAGCCGUACCAGUGUUGACCAUGGCUGGAUCUGGGUGUCCCAGGCUCUCGUUGUUCGUGGUCGGCCUGUCGUUGUGGUCACUGUUGUCGGGGAAGUGCUGUGGAGGUUCAAGCACAGUCCUGCCUGAGACACUGCUUUUUAUAUCAACAUUGGAUGGAAACUUGCAUGCUGUCAGCAAACAGACAGGCUCCAUUAAAUGGACCUUGAAAGAAGAUCCUGUGCUUCAAGUGCCCAUGCAUCUGACGGAACCAGCAUUUCUUCCUGAUCCUAAUGAUGGCAGUCUAUAUACGCUGGGAGGCAAAAACAAUGAAGGCCUUACUAAACUUCCUUUCACAAUUCCUGAAUUGGUGCAAGCAUCCCCUUGUCGAAGUUCUGAUGGUAUACUGUACAUGGGAAAGAAACAGGAUAUCUGGUAUGUUGUGGACCCAAUGACAGGUGUAAAGCAGCAGACGUUAACAGCUUCUUUCGCAGAAAGCAUGUGUCCAUCAACACCCCUCCUAUACCUUGGACGUACAGAGUACACAAUCACUAUGUAUGACACCAAGAAUCGGGAGCUGCGAUGGAAUGCCACUUACUUCGAUUACUCUGCCACCUUACCCGAUGAGGACACUGAAUACAAAAUGCUCCACUUUGUGUCGAAUGGAGAUGGGCUGGUUGUGACAGUAGAUAAUGAAUCUGGUGACAUUCUGUGGAUUCAGAAUUAUGCAUCACCAGUGGUGGCAAUGUACAUCUGGCAGCGGGAAGGACUGAGGAAAGUGAUGCACACGAAUGUUGGCAUUGAAACGCUCCGCUACCUCACAUUUAUGUCUGGAGAGGUGGGCAGGAUCACAAAGUGGAAAUAUCCUCUUCCUAAAGAGGCAGAGACCAAACAAAAGCUAAUGCCAACUUUGUAUGUGGGAAAGUAUUCGACCAGUUUGUAUGCCUCACCAUCACUAGUGCACGAGGGAGUGGCUGUCGUGCCAAGAGGUAGUGCAUUCCCAUUGCUUGAAGGUCCCAAAACCGAACGUAUUACCAUCUCUGAUCGUGGCGAGUGUGACAUCACCCCCAGUAUUGACGUUAAGUUCACACCGGGAGUCUCGAAGACAAUUGAUUACCUGAGGAACCAGUGGUUUCUGAUUGGACACCAUGAAAUGCCACUAGCAGCCCAAACCAAGAUCCUUAAUGAUUUUCCUGAGAAUGUGCAGAAAAUUCCAGAUGAUGUAAUUGCCACUAGACCACAGAAUGAAAUAUUUGAAGAUCAUUUCCCAAACAUUGAUGAAGUUGCAGAAGAUUUCGAUAUUCUGAACGACCUUAAAGAAAAAUAUAGCAAAUCGCAACCCAAGCUCGAAGCUCCUGUGGAUUCUGUGUUGAAAGAUAUGGCCACAAUUGUCUUCAGCACCUUUCUACUGGCAGGAUGGGUGGCCUUUGUCAUCACCUAUCCUAAGACAGUACAACAGCAGCAACAGUUACAACACCAACAGUUUCAGAAGCACUUGGAGGAAAGGCUGGAACUAAUGCAGAAACGGCAGCUUAUUUUCCGCCCCCCUCUUCUGGCUCCAGAAUCGGACUUCCUGGAGACAUCCAGAUUGCGAACAGAGAGUUCAAGCACCAACACGCCAAAUGCAUCUCCACGAGUGUCGAACCAUUCACUGUAUUCCAAUCAUUCCAUCUCGGAAUUUGGCAGUUCGGCCACAGAACAAGAGGAUGGAGAUGAUGAUUCUGACAUAGUGAGAGUUGGAAAGAUUUUGUUUCAUACAAAAGACGUGCUGGGACAUGGUGCUGAAGGAACAAUUGUGUUCAAGGGCAGAUUUGAUGAUCGAUAUGUUGCAGUGAAAAGGAUUUUGCCGGAAUGCUUUAGCUUUGCAGACCGUGAGGUUCAAUUGCUCCGUGAAUCUGACGAACAUCCAAAUGUAAUCCGUUACUUCUGCACAGAGAAGGACCGUCAGUUCCAGUACAUAGCCACUGAGCUCUGUGCAGCUACUCUGCAGGAGUAUGUUGAACAAAAGGACUUUGACCGCCAUGGUCUGGAGCCUAUUCCUCUACUUCAACAAACCACAUCUGGCCUGGCGUAUCUACACUCACUGAAUAUUGUUCACAGAGACCUGAAACCACACAACAUAUUAAUCUCAAUGCCUAAUGCCCAUGGGAGAGUGAAAGCCAUGAUCUCUGACUUUGGUCUUUGCAAGAAGCUAGCAGUGGGCAGACACAGCUUCAGCCGCAGGUCUGGGGUGCCUGGCACAGAAGGUUGGAUUGCCCCAGAGGUAUUGAAUGAAGAUUGCAAGGCAAAUCCGACAUGUGCAGUGGAUAUUUUCUCUGCUGGCUGUUUGUUCUACUAUGUGAUCUCAGAAGGCAAUCACCCAUUUGGAAAGGCUUUGCAGCGACAAGCCAAUAUCUUAUUGGGUGUCAGUAACCUUCAACAUUUAAAGUUUGAUGUACAUGCGGAUAUUAUUGCACACGAUUUAAUUAAGGAAAUGAUAAACAUGGACCCACAGAAACGCCCCUCUGCAAAACGUGUGUUGAAAAAUCCUUUCUUUUGGAGUCUUGAGAAACAGCUUCAGUUUUUCCAGGAUGUCAGUGAUCGAAUAGAGAAGGAGCCUCUGGAUGGACCAAUAGUAAGAGAACUGGAGAGAGGUGGACGAAGCGUAGUUCAAGGUGACUGGAAAGAACAUAUCACUGUACCUCUGCAGACAGAUCUUAGAAAAUUCCGAUCAUAUAAAGGGAGCUCAGUGCGAGAUCUUCUGCGAGCAAUGAGGAAUAAGAAACAUCACUAUAGGGAACUGCCAGAGGAAGUGCAAGAAACUUUGGGCUCAGUCCCAGAUGAAUUUGUUUGUUAUUUUACCUUCCGUUUCCCUCAUCUGUUACUCCAUACAUAUUAUGCCAUGCAAAUCUGCAGCCAGGAGAGACUAUUUCAUCCUUACUACUACCAGGAGGCUGCAGAACCAAACCAGUUAGCCCUUUCGGUAACUGACAGCUUUAUAUAAUUCAAAGGCAAAACAUUUAAAGCAAAAUUGUUUAUUUUUAAAAUGCAUUCCAGCCAGAGGCCUUCUUAGCACAUAAGUACUAAAAUACUGUGUUUUGGUGACAGACGUUUACUGAGUGAAGAAGUUACCAAACUACUACUAAGUGCCUUUAUGAAAACUGCACAUAGCCUGCAGGAUGUUCCGAGGCAAGGUCGUUCUCCAGUUUAAGGACCUGCAGUCUGACUGCCACUGCUACAUUUUUAAUGCAAGGUUUCCUUGCAGGAAAUUGUUUCUUUUCUCACUUUUUAAAAAAGAAACUGAUUCUCCUUCUGCACUAUCAUGGACUGCUGCAUGUUUCACUAUUUCAUGUGUCAGGGAUCAGUGUUAAAGGAUAUUGACCAUGUUGUGACUCUGAAGUUCAAAGGAAGGCAUUCAUUCACAGGCGCUGGUUAAGCUUUGAGUUGUGCAAGGCCUUUUGCUUGAGUUUGGCUAGGUCAUGCCAAGACAGUUUGAUUCAUGUUAUAAAUAUUGAAGCACCUACAAUACCAAUCUAUGGAAUAGUCUGCCCAUUACAACAGGACAAACUAUUCAGUCCUGUCAAAAGAGUGCAAUGAGUCACUGUGUCCCUUGGUCUGUUGGCGCUGACACAAUGGGGGCAAAAUGCAAUGGAUUCUGAUCCGAAAGCAAGGAAGGUGGAGAGUGAUUGACACUUAACCAGUGGGAGAGUGGUUAACCAUACAAAGCAAAAUCUCUUGUUGAAAGCUACGCUUCCAAAGAGCAAGAUUUUAUAUUGGGACGCUUCUGGUAUUUGUAACUUGAUGCCACUGUUCUGUGUUUGCAAUAUUUUGGUUUUGCUCUUGGAAGUCCAAAUACUGAGCAGCAGUUAUCAUCAGGUUUUAGCAUUACAGAUUAAUCACUCGAAUUUGCAGAGUUUCACCCACAUGCUAACUGAAAACAGCUUGAACAGUCCGCUUAUUUAUUUAGUUAGGACAUCAUGUACUGAAGCUUGAUUAUCUGAAUUACUGUUAUUGCCCAUUACAAUAUAGGGCAGAUGAAUUUUGUGCUCUAUUGUUAGGGAAAUAAUGAGAUGAGUGUAGAGACAAUGUUUUAAUCUGCAUUGCAUUCCUGCCCACCUCCAAUGAGAAAUCAUUUGUCUUCACAGAUGAAACUUGUGUGACGUUAAAUUAUGUCACCUCAUUCAUAUUUUCCGAUUUUAUCCCUACUAACCCCCAACUCUCCUCCAGAUCAAGUGACUUUAUUGCAGGUCCUUCAAUACCAUCGAUCUGGGUGGUGAGUACAGGAUAAGAACCCAGCCAACACUUGGUAAAGUUGGGGUAGGUACUUGAGCUCUGUUUAAUGUGGUUUCCCAACAGCAAGACCAUGAUUGCAGACUCCCAUAGGUUCGUAGCACUUGCUACAACAGCCCUGAUGUGGCAUGAAAUGUUGCAUUUAGUUUAGUCAAUUUACCAAAAAAAAGUGUAUUUGUGGUAAAAGCUCAGUAUUUGGUACUUGCAAGGAAAAUCAUUAUCUCACAAAACAGUGCAGCCCACGUUAAUUGUCAGAAUAAUUUUUUUUAAUGUACUGAUAAUUAAAAUGCAGUAACUUAUUUAUUUAUUGGGGGGAUUUGCCUUUAUAUCUGGGAGUGAUAGUUUUGACUUUUCAAAGUUUAAUGUACAUUUGAGAUUGAUUUUAUGUUUCUUUAUCCAUCUGCAGUUUGAGGUGGUUUGUAUAUAUCUGAAAGGUGGGAUCAGGUGGCUGUCUUUUGGAGAGUGUUAACUUUGUGUUGCUUUUGAAAGAAGAGUGGAAAAAGUUAACUUCAGUGUCUUCACUUACAAAAAAAAGGUUGAAUUGUGACUAUAUAUGUUCCUUCUUAUUUUGACAUUUGCACUAAAAGAUUUGAUCUGCCAUCCAGGUUACUCAGAAGCUGGUUUAAGUAAUUGAUGUAAUUCCAUAAAUAACAUGUUUAGUUUUAUGAUUAUACCGUGUAUCUUGUUCAUGUAUGAUAUUUUUUGACUUCUUUAAGAGGUAUGAUUUUAAAAUCCAAAGUGCACUUUUUGAAAUCUAUUUCAAUUGUUACAAAGUAAGUCCCAAAGACAUUGCUGCACUUUUCCAUUUGUUAUUCCAAGUCUAAUUUCAAUUCUGAUCAGUUGCAGUACUCUCGCCAACAUUGUCAGUUCCAGUCUUUAACCACAGUGAAUUAUUUUAAGGAUGCAUAACAUUUCAAGGCUGAGAUUGAUAGUGAAGCGUGUAAAUCAAUUUGGUAAAUGGAGUUGAGGCACAGUGCAGCUGUGAUCUAAUUGAAUGGUAGAAUAUGGCUGAGAGGGAAGAACAGCCUUGUCCUAUUACAGUGAUAGAUAAAGGAAGCAAGCUAACUCAUUCCAGCCCCUCUGUCCAAAAGUAGCUUGCAACCCAAUGCCCACCCACACUGGCACAGCGCCAGUCCAGCACAUUGGCUAAAUUCACUUCUGUGCACAGUACAUCAUUUUCUACUUGGAAAGUGAUUCUAGUUAAUUCCAUUUUUAACUGCAAGUAUGAUUUGAAACAGAAUAUUUCUUGAUCAUUAGAUCUCAAAUGCUAACACAUUUUACAUGAUUUUAUAUUCUUGACUCCUGUGGAGGAGUCUGUUAUUUACAAGUAUCCUAAUGGGGGUAAGAUGCCAUUUUUCCUCUCACAAAUAAUAAUUUUGUUCAACCUAAGAGUUUUUAUUACAUUGUCUGAAUUAGCUGUGAUUGCAGCAGAAAUUAACUAGGAUUCGGAGUGCCCUAAUGAUGUCUCCUGUGGUGAAAUACAAGUUUUGCUGGAUAUUUUUUACAGAUUAAUUUAAUCUUGGCCUGUCUGUAGGUAUGAUGAUUGAUUGUUGUUCAUUGAAAAUUUUGUUUAGGUCUGACAAGUAAUGAAUCUGUUCAAAAAGACACUUAAAACUGCAAAAAGAGAAUAAGUUAACACCCUAGACGAUAGGUUUGUUUACUGCCAGAGCUAAAAAUAUGCCAUUAACCUGCUAAAUCAGUCUAGCUAAUUCUCUGGUGCAUUCAACACACUGCAAUGUUGCCAAUGAUGUACAAAACCUCUAUAAAGACUGCCUCCAUCUGUGGAAAUAUCAUAGACAUAACUGUGAAAUUGUGUACCUACAGUGAUAAAGUACAUGUUUAAUCCUGGGCAAAAGAAAAGUCUGUAAAGAUAUAACAUGACUUUAAAUGCAUUUUGAAAAGCAUUAUUGAUUUGGGAUCUGUGCAAGGAAUAAGAACUGCAAAACACUGCUCUUUUUGAGACUGUUGUUUAUGCAGUACAAAUUUUGAGUUUGGAUGGUUGCAAUGUUAAAUGGUAAAUCAUGCUUUAACAUACUGGGAAUGUAAUUUUUUAUUGAUAGCCGUCUGGGUUAAGGCAAUAAAAUAUUUUAAAAAUA